AUGGUGGAAGAGCAGCUAAUUAGGCUGAUCGCGUCCAGACAAAUAAGGGAGGGGGUGGUAGUAGUAUAUGUGGCCCUAUAUAAAGAAAGUGGGUGGUGUGAAAUUGCAAGAGAGAUGGCGUCUCUCUACUCUGCAAACUUGUUAUUUCCCUCUCUUCCUUCAUCAUCAUCAUCAUCAUCCGUACUUAUUCCACUACCUUACCGGCCCUACGAUGUGUCGCCGGCGAAGAUCAAUCGACGCCUUUCUUCUUCUUUUUCUUCUGCUGCGCUGCCAUUCGAUCUUUCUCCUCCUCCCAUCGACCACGACCUCCUCGAUACUAUGACAAUUGCUGGGGCAAAGGUAUCAGAAGAUGGGGUAAUAGGGACAUUCGAUAAUGACGAGGAGGCAUUAGAUGCUGUUGAGAAUGGUGUUGCGGUUGUCGAUCUUUCACACUAUGGCAGGAUAAGAGUUAGUGGAGAAGACAGGGUUCAGUUUCUUCACAACCAAAGUACUGCUAACUUUGAAAUUCUUCAUGAGGGGCAGGGAUGUGACACUGUUUUUGUGACACCAACUGCUAGAACCAUCGAUAUCGCCCAUGCCUGGGUUAUGAAAACGGCAAUCACAUUAGUGGUCUCUCCAGUGACCAGGGAAAGAAUAACUCAUAUGCUUGAGAAGUACAUAUUCUUUGCAGACAAAGUUGAAAUUCAAGAUAUUACCGAGAAAACAUCCUUGUUCUUACUAGUAGGGCCUACAAGUAACAAAAUAAUGGAGGCUCUGAGUCUUGCUGACAUAGUUGGACAACCAUACGGAUCGCAUAAGCAUUACAAUGUAAAUGGAAUGCCAAUAACUGUGGGAGUGGGAAAUAUCAUCUCUGAAGAAGGUUAUUCACUACUGAUGUCUCCAGCUGCUGCUGAAUCGGUCUGGAAAGCUAUUCUAGGUCAUGGUGCUGUCCCAAUGGGUUCUAAUGCAUGGGAAACUUUAAGGAUUCUUCAAGGAAGACCAGCUCCUGGUAAAGAGCUCACAGACGAGUUUAAUGUUCUGGAGGCUAAUCUGUGGAAUGCUGUUUCUCUGAAUAAAGGGUGCUAUAAGGGCCAAGAAACCAUUGCUAGACUUGUAACUUACGAUGGCAUCAAGCAGAGACUAUGGGGAAUACGUGUCUCAUCGCCUGUGGAACCUGGUAGCACUAUCUCAGUUAAUGGGAAAAAGGUUGGCAAGGUGACGAGUUUCACAACUGGUAAACGAGCAUCUCAGCCCCUCGGUCUUGGCUAUAUUAAGAGGAAAGCUGCUUCUGAGGGAGACAGUGUAAUUAUUGGUGGUGAUGUUGAGGGUACAGUGGUGGAAGUGCCUUUUCUCGCUCGUCAAAUCCCUCCAUCCUAGAGCUGAAUAUAGACAACAUUACCUCUCCUCUCUGCUACUCUGUAUCAACAAAUGUAGCAUAUGUGAUGUCAUAAUGUACCUUUGGUGUAACAUCAGCUCUCUGGUUCGUGUGUUUUGUCUCGUUAAUGGCUCUACCAGAAGCUAGACGAUAGCAUCCUUGAAGACUAAAGUUGCUUACCAAAUCGUUUGAGCCAUUAACAUUUUUGCUUCAUUAUAGCCACCUGUUGGCCUCCCGCAGAAAAGGAAAUCAGGAAGCUAAGUGAUAGAAAUCAGGUGAGUGGAAAAAAUCUUCUGAUGUAACAGAAGAAUAUUACAAUCUCUCUCAGUAUUGUCAUGAAUUUACCUCAUCCUCUUAGCCAUGAGCCAUUAAUCUGUUUGACUUUUUGAAAAUAAAAAAUCACAAGCCAAUAGUUGUUAUUUUCUAUGA